AUGACUCUACCACCCAUUUCGCCAGUUUCUUGCUCGUCAAGUGGGCAUAUAAAAGAGGCCCCUUCGCCACUUCCUAGGUCGUACAGAGUCGUGCCUACCAUCAUCGCUCCAUUACAAACACCUCCAACUUUCGGUCAACGCCAGAGCUUUGGACACCUUCCUCCGAUCGUUACAGAGAGCAUUCACACACAAAGCGCAACAAGAGCCCCUUCCAAGAAGGGCACCUGGACGGAAGCCGAGGACAAGGCUCUCCAGGAGGCAAUUCGUGCCCGCGGCGGACCUUAUGAGUGGGUUCAGAUCUCGAACGCCAUGAGCGGCGCCAGGACACCCAAGCAGUGCCGUGAGAGGUACCACCAGAACCUCAAGCCAUCGAUCGACCACAGGCCCAUCACCGAGGAGGAGGGCAGACAAAUCAUCGAGCUGGUCAACCUGAAUGGAAGGCGUUGGGCCGACAUCGCGAGGACCCUCCACAACCGUACUGACAACUCGGUCAAGAAUUGGUGGUGCGGCCGCCAGAACAAGCUGAAGAUGGCAGAGAAGAAGCAGCAGGCUCAGAGGAAAGCUGAGCAGGAUGCCAAGGCAGCUGCAAAGAUGGCAUCAGUCGGCAAUGGACAGCGCUUCCGUAUGCCUGAUGUUCCCAGGGUUGACCCGCGGGAAAUUGCCGGCCAGAUGCCUCUGCCAGGAUCGUCGAGCUACAGCCAUCCCCAGGAGCACGAGUUCCACCACCAGACCCAUCAGCGUCGCUAUGGCCAGACGCUCCAGGACUACCAGGAUGAACGCCGAUACAGGUACAGUGGGCACCACGAGCUCAAGGCCCCGUCGCCUGGCGAGCAGAGCUGGACCUGGUCCAACAAUGGCCGCCCAGUGUCUCGUGAGUCACUGCCGUGCUUGACCCACGAGGUUGAGUCGGUUUGCACCGACGAGGCUAGGUCUCCCGCAAGGCUUCCCAGUAUUCACUCUCUGGCACCGUCGCCUAUCAUCAGCCACGAGAGCCGAAGGAACUCGUUCCACGAGGCGCUGCCCCCUCUGUCGCCCAUUUCCAAGCAUUGGCAAGGCCACGAUGAGAGCUACCGCCCCAACGGACAAGCCCGCGAGGCCAAAUCCGCGGCCAAGUGCUCGAUCGCCUCCAUCAUGAACUAA